AAUAUUGUGCUCCCUUACGGAGCUUCCAUUUCAGUAAUGCCACCCAGACCGCUUCUUCUUUUCCCAAUUCCGUAUUCCUGUUCUGAUUGUCAUGCUGAGGAUGUGACAAGGUCCCCAUCUUUUUUCCUGAAGUGAUGCAGAUCAUCAUUGGGGGAUGAUGGGCAUCACUCACUCCAUUUCUCUGUGAUCCUGCCAUGGCUUGUGUGCCUUGUUCCAACACUAGCGAAUUCCCCUUCUUGGCAGACAGACAUGCUCGUCUUAUACUGGCCCAGAUCAACAAGAUGAGAUGUGGGCAGCACUUCUGUGAUGUGCAGCUCCAGGUUGGUGAAGAAGUAUUUAAAGUCCACCGGCUUGUCUUGGCUGCAAGCAGUCCUUAUUUUGCAGCUCUGUUUGCAGGAGGGAUGAAAGAGUCUUCAAAGGAUGUUGUACGGAUCCUAGGUGUGGAGGCUGACAUCUUUCAGAUCCUGCUGGACUUUAUUUACACAGGCAUAGUCAGCAUUGGUGAAAGUAAUGUCCAGGAGUUGAUUGUGGCAGCAGACAUGUUCCAACUCACGGAAGUGGUAGACCUUUGCUGUGAAUUUCUGAAGGGGCAGAUUGAUCCUUCAAACUGCAUUGGACUCUUCCAGUUCUCCGAGCAAAUUGCCUGUCACGAUCUGCUAGAAUUCACAGAGAAUUACAUCCAUGCCCACUUCCUGGACAUCCAGGACGGAGAGGAAUUCCUGGCUCUGACAAAAGACCAGCUCAUUAAGAUCUUGCGAAGUGAGGAACUGAGCAUAGAAGAUGAGUAUCAGGUUUUCAUAGCUGCAAUGCAAUGGAUUCUGAAGGACCUCGGGAGAAGAAAGAAACACGUGGUGGAAAUACUGGAUACAGUUCGAUUUCCGCUGUUACCCCCACAAAGACUCUUGAAAUACAUAGAAGGGGUUCCUGAUUUCAGCCUUCGAGUGGCCCUUCAAACCCUGUUAAAAGAAUACUGUGAAGUUAGUAAAUCUCCAAAGGAGAGCAAGGUUAGCAGUUUCCUGCAGGCGGCAAAGGCACGUCCCAGGAGGAAAGCCAGGAAGUACCUGUAUGCAGUAGGUGGAUAUACUCGCUUGCAGGGAGGCCGUUGGAGUGACAGCAGAGCUCUCAGUUGUGUGGAGCGUUUUGACACUUUCAGUCAGUACUGGACUACUGUGUCUUCUUUACACCAGGCUCGAAAUGGGUUGGGAGUUGCAGUAGUCGGAGGAAUGAUCUAUGCUAUUGGAGGUGAAAAAGACUCUAUGAUAUUUGAUUGUACUGAACGUUACGAUCCUAUUACUAAACAGUGGGCAGCUGUAGCAUCUAUGAACCAUCCUCGCUGUGGACUUGGAGUGUGUGCUUGUUAUGGUACCAUCUAUGCUUUUGGAGGCUGGGUUGGAGCAGAGAUUGGCACCUCAAUUGAACGUUUUGAUCCUGAAGAGAAUAGCUGGGAAGUGGUGGGCAGCAUGGCUGUGCCACGCUACAAUUUUGGGUGCUGUGAAAUGCAAGGUUUAAUUUAUAUUGUUGGGGGCAUCGGUAAUGAAGGAAUAGAACUGUGUUCUGUCGAAGCCUAUGAUCCAAUAUCUAAGCGCUGGUCUGCACUCCCUGAAAUGGGCACCAGAAGGGCAUAUCUGGGUGUGGCUGCUCUGAAUGACUGUAUCUAUGCUAUUGGAGGAUGGAAUGAGACUGAAGAUGCCCUUCCAAGUGUUGAGAAAUACUCUUUUGAAGAGGAAAAAUGGAUAGAAGUUGCUUCAAUGAAGGCCCCAAGAGCUGGAGUAUGCGUUGUAGCUGUGAACGGCCUCCUUUACGCCACUGGAGGAAGGACUGCCAGUUACGAUUCAGCUGCCCCAGUAACAUCAGAUUCUGUGGAGGUUUAUAAUCCGCAUUUGGAUACUUGGACUGAAAUUGCUAACAUGAUCACCAGCCGCUGUGAGGGAGGUGUGGCAGUGCUCUGAAGAAUAGAACACUUAAAAACAACUAAGAUUGGGGAGUGGAUUUUUAAGGAAUGGUGACAAUUUGGGCACCUUCUAAGAAAGAUUGAAUUUGGAGACUUCCAUUCACAGGCUCUACUGAAACUGUAUGCUUCUCCAUGUGGAGCACAGACUUCAUAGGUGAUGGUUGGUUGGUGCCCUUGACACUUGGGAAACCCUUUGCUGUUCGUCACAUGCCAAGACACAAUCAGAAUGCAGCUGGACUUGCUGUAUUUGGAGUGGAGAAGGUUGAAAUUGUCCUAACCACAUUACUUCUUAAUGGGGAUCCUGAGCAACAUAAUUUUCGUCUCAUGAAAAUCCACUAUAUUAUUUAUUUAUUUAUGAGCUGACUUUGGCCUUCCAUAGCCUAAAUUAGUUUCCUUGGAGAAAUGCAACAAAAUGAUAGAGCUGUUGUUUACGUACUUGUUUGGGACUUUUGUUUUAGCUGCUCAUUGCCUUUAGGAAUAAGUCAAACUUGCUUACAAAAUGAAAGUAGUUUACAUCUCA